UUUGAGUUUGAGGACCUGGGUUUCACUUAUGAGCUUCAAACAUCUGGUCCUGGUAGAUUCACGUUAGCGAUGAAGGAUAAGAAACCAAGGCUUAUCCACAAGGUUGAUAAGGCAAACGACAGAGGCUUGAUGCACUGGUACUUUUUCGUUCUCAAAGACUCACUUGGCAAUGAUGGAUCCUUUCUUGAAGAUAACCUGCAAAAAGAAAAGAAAGCAAUUUCCCUUCCUUCUGGGCCGAAAUCGAAAGAGAGAACUGCACAAAUUCAGGCUAUCCCUGUUCAGGAGCGUUGGUUUGCUA